AUGUCUCAACCAGCUUGGGACCCGUCAACAUGGCGCACGAAGCCCAUCAAGCAGGCCCCCGCCUACCCUGACCCGGACAAGCUCACCAGUGCCGUCGACGAACUCUCGCGCAUGCCCCCCAUUGUCCACCCCACGGAGAUUCAGCGCCUCAAGGCUCACCUGGCCGACGUGGCCGCGGGCAAUGCCUUCCUCCUCCAAGGGGGCGACUGUGCCGAGCUCUUCGACUACUGCCGCCAGGAUGCCAUUGAGUCCAAGAUCAAGCUGCUCUUGCAGAUGAGCCUGGUCCUCAUCUGGGGGUCCAACAAGCGCAUCGUCCGUAUCGGCCGCAUGGCAGGCCAGUAUGCCAAGCCGCGCUCCAGCCCCAAUGAGAUCCUGAACGGGAAGGAGGUCCCUAGCUUCCGCGGUGACAUUCUUAAUGGGUUUGCCGAGGACCAGCGUGAGCUUGACCCCCAGAGGCUGAUCAAAGCUUAUCACUACUCGGCUGCUACCCUCAACUACAUCCGUUCCAGCAUCUCUUCGGGCAUCGCCGAUCUUCAUCGUCCGCUAGACUGGGGCCUGGGACACGUGCGCGACCCAGCCCUCAAGGACAAGUACUCGGCCAUUGCCACGAGCAUCCAGCAGACGCUGCGUUUCCUGCAGGUUAUCGAUUCGCGCCAGACGGGUCUCGAGUCUGUCGAGCUCUUCACUAGCCACGAGGGUCUCCUUCUCGAGUAUGAGCAGGCCCUGACACGUCUGCUUGAGAAGCCAUCGACUGCCAGCCCCUCCACCGCCAGCAAGCCGGCUUCGCCCUCGCCGGACGCCCGGAGAACGACGCGCGAGUACUACGACACGUCGGCUCACUUCGUCUGGAUCGGCGACCGCACGCGUCAGAUUGACCACGCCCACGUCGAGUUCUUCCGCGGCAUCGCCAACCCCAUCGGCGUCAAGGUGGGACCCACUACGCCGGUCUCGGACCUCCUCGAACUCCUGCGCACCCUCAAUCCGGACCGCGAGCCGGGAAAGAUCACGCUCAUCACCCGCUACGGUGCUGACCGCGUUGCCGAGUUGCUGCCCCAGCACAUCCGUGCCGUCGAGGGCUCCGAGUACCGCCGCUGCGUCGUCUGGCAGUGUGAUCCCAUGCACGGAAACACCCUCUCUACUCCAGCGGGCAUCAAGACCCGCCGCUUCAACGACAUCUACUCCGAGCUGCAGGACACUCUGCGCAUCCACAACGAGGAGGGUAGCUACCUCGGUGGUGUCCACCUCGAACUCACCGGUGAUGCUGUCACUGAGUGUCUCGGUGGCAGCGAGGGGCUCGACGAGGACGACCUCUCGACAAACUACACUUCCUUCUGUGAUCCGCGUCUCAACGAAAAGCAGGCCCUCGAGCUAGCCUUUUUGGUUGCUGACCAUCUCGCGCAAGAGAACAAGAGUUGA